AUGAAAGUAGCUGUAGUUGGUGCCAAUGGCCGUGUUGGUCAGCACCUUUGUAAACUUCUCAAGAAAAGCGCUGGAUUCACUCCUCUCGCGAUUGUUAGAAGCGAAGAGCAAAGAGCGUAUUUCGAACAUGAGCUGCAGAUUCAGGCCAGCUUGACAAGCAUUGAAGACAGCUCGGUGGACCAGAUUGGAAAAGCAUUGGAAGGGUCUGAUGCAGUGGUCUGGACUGCUGGAGCUGGUGGUAAAGGACAGGAUCGGAUCUUCACGGUGGAUUUGGAUGGUGCAUUAAAGGUCAUAGAGGCAUGUCAGAAAUACAAAAUUUCUCGUAUCAUCAUGGUCUCUGCAAUCAAAGCAGAAUCCCGCGAGUUCUGGUGGAACACAGCCUUGAAGCCAUAUUAUAUAGCCAAGCGAGCUGCAGAUGCCGUGCUGCGUUCCUCUGGAUUGAAUUACACGAUUUUGCAUCCUGGUUCGCUUGGUGAUGGACCUGCCAAGGGCAAACUAGCCGCACCUGAUCAGAUUGAAAGUAAAAGAACAAGCUCAUACUCAAUCGAGAGAGAAGACGUGGCCCAAUUCAUUCAAGUCGCGCUGGAGAACCCUGAUAAAACAUUACAGAAGACCAUCGAACUGGCAAAUGGUGAUGUUCCAGUGAAAGAUUUCUUGCAAAAGAUUUAA